AUGUCGAAUGCAAAAACUGAGCUUUCUGAAACAAUCGAGAAACUUAGAUCUUCGGAUGAGAAAGUAGCUUUAGAGGGAUUGAAGCAAUUGCUCGUUUUGCAUGCUCAGGGUGAAGAUUUAUCCUCUUUUUACAAAGAUAUUGCGCUGAUCAUUCCUGGUAAGAGUCCAACAAUUAGAAGAUAUCGAAAUAUUAUUUUAGGUGAUUCAUACACUGGAAUAGGAACAAUUUUAGCCGAUUUUCAAUCAGAUAAUUACCUUUUACAAUCUUUAUCUGUAAAACGCGCUGGGCUUGUUAUUACAGCAGAAUCUGGAGAUGUUUUAAUACCUAUCAUUUUCGAAGCUGCUGUAUCAGAACACCCUCAUCUUAGAGCUGCAGCUGCAUUUGCGAUCCAAAAAUUAGAAAAGAAUGAUACAACUCUUAUAGAACUUUACAAACUCGAUCAACUCCUCAUGAAUCUUCUUGAUGACCCAGUUAUUAAUGUAUCUGCUAAUGCUGCUUCAGUAAUGAUUGAAAUUAACAAUUCUCGAGCCAAACCACUAUUUGUUUUCCCAUUUAAUGCUAUAGAUAAACUUACAAAAGCCAUACUCGAUGCUACAGAAUGGUGUCGAAUUCAAAUUUUAAAUUUAGUUACUGCAUAUCAAUUCAAAGACAAAGAAGAAUGCUUUAAAAUCAUCGAGAAUAUGCAACCACAUUUAUUUAAUGCGAAUAGUGCUGUUACAAUUGGUGUAAUUCGAAAUAUAAUCAAAUGUUUUCCGAUUAUAGCAGAUAUUCCAACAAUUACAUCGUAUUUACAAAGUUUUAUUCCUCCACUUCUUAAAUUACUUUCUGCUUCCUCAGAAACAAAAUUCGUCGUUUUAAGACAAUUUUUAAUUUUAAUUCAGAACUUCAGAUUAUUUUUUAUUGAGAAUUUAAACGUCUCAUCAUUUUUCUGUCGCAAAGAAGACGAAAAAUACAUUCAACUAGCUAAAUUAGAGGUUAUCAAGUUAUUAACUCACCCAAAGAACGUAGAUACCAUAAUAGACGAGUUACAGAACUAUGCCAAGUCCAAAAAUGAAUCUCUUGGCCGCGAAAGUGUCCUAGAAUUAGGAAGAAUUGCUGUCACUUUUAAUCAAUCAACUGAAAAGAUAGUUUCUAUACUCCAAACUCUUCUGAAAGACUCCUCAAUAGUUAUAAAAGACACAGCGAUAUCUGUUGCCAUAAAUAUAAUAAGACCAGAUUUAUCUCAAUAUUUUGAGCUCGCAAACAAAAUUCUGGAGCUACCAUAUGAUGAAAUCGAGGAUCAGCAAACCAAAAGUGCAUUAGCUUGGCUUGCUGGCGAAUGCGUGAUUUAUACAGAAAUUCAAUAUUCGUAUGACAUCAUUUCUGAGCUUGCUGAGUGCUUUAUGGAUGAAACCACGCCUGUGAAACUCUCAAUUCUAGCUGCAAUUGCUAAAUUUUACAUUGUAAAUCCGGGAGAAAAUUAUAAUUUAUUUGCAAAAGUGUUUUCUCUGGCCACAAUGGAAGAAAAAGACCCAGAAGUAAGAGAUAGAGCUUAUAGUUAUAUGGUUAUCCUAGGAAAACAUAAGGAUAUCGCUGAUAGAAUAUUUUUCAGAAAUGACACUUAUAAUAUCGAAGUUCCUCCACUGGAAAACAAGAAGUUAUCAGUAGAACUCAUCAAAAAUCUUGGUUCUAUAGCUACAGUUCUAAGAAAAUUUCCGGCCGAAUUUGAUAGAAGGAAUAAAAGUGAUGACGACAUCAUUUUCCCACUUCUUCUUGAACGCAGUUCGUCCUCGUUCGACUGUGAACUCCGUGGCCAGUUUAUUAUUGAUAAUAAUGGUCAAAGAUUCUUUGCUCUUUCCAUUAAAAACAUGGGUAACAAUCCAUUGAUUCUUUUUAUGGUCUCUUUUAAUGUUAAUACCCUUGGAUUUACUCCAGCUGCUUUCACAGCGCUUCCAAAAAUAGAAGCUAAGCAAAGUUCACUGACAAUGAUACCUGUCAUCUCGAGUGCUGCAUUUGUGGAUAAAAAUAAUUUCACAAAUGUCAUUAAAAUCGAAAUGAAAGUUGAUCGACCAAAAAGAAUCUCAUUUACAUGCGAAACUCCACUGAAAUUCCUGUUGGAACCAAUAGAACAUGGUAAAAUCAAUAGAGAAGAGUUUAAUCGCGUAUGGCCAACUCUAAAUUCAAAUGAUGAAACAUCUUUUGUAAUUAGGGAGGCAAAAGUUAAUAAUCCGGAGAAAAUCAAGUCAGAACUUGAGAAGGAAAGAGUAUUCUUCUUUGCCAAGAAAGAUGCUUCACUUUUCUUUUCAGGAAGAACAGUUAACGAUGAUUUGUUUUUCUUAAUUGUUUUGAUGAGCGCAGAAAACGCAUGUAAGAUAUCUCUGCGAAUGAAACAUCAGGAAAUGCGUUCAUUGAUCUUAGGUUUAAUUACUGGAUUAUUUAAAUAA